UUCCGGCCGAUUGAUUUUAUUAUAUUACAAUCGGAUUAAAAUGACAAGCAGGCGUCCAUUAUAUAGCAAUCGGGAACUUGGUGACUCCGGGUCACCCACUAGAAAUUUGUUAAAUAAAAGUCCACGUCCUGAUAGCUAUAGGAAAAAUAUGAAUGCGAAUGACGACGAAAAUGAAUUCGAUGAAUCGAAUAAUGAACCAAUAAAUGAAGAAGGCAUGGAGACAGAUUCGAAUGAAGACGAUCCAAUGGAUCAAAGUUGCGGGACGCCAUCAAUACAACAUAAUCAAACACAUCCGCAAACAGCACAAGCAAUAAGGUCAAGAAUAGCCCAAGGGACAGCCGCGCAACGACCACGAGAGACAAGCCUUCAACGACGACCAGAGACAAAACCACUAGCAACAGCACCGCUAAUAAUGAAAUCAUUUUCACCAUCUCAGUUAAUGAAAUAUUCUAUUAUUAUCAUAUUACCGCUUAUUGUCUACUCACAAUAUUACAAGUCGGAGCCGCAAGUGAAAACCUGUACAUUUGCGGAUUUGAAACAGCGCGCUCCUUCGCAAUCAACGGAUGUGUGGAAGGCGCUGAGGUGCAACAUUGAAGAUAUGUUAAACAAGAAGAGCAAGUCGCCCAAUGUUUACUUGUUUUUGUACACGAAUGAAAGCAACGAGUAUGAAAUGCAAAAAUUGGUUAACGAUAUAGCACUGGAAACGUCCAAGUGUUUUAAUGAAAAGGCACUUGUAAAGAUGAGCUUAAAGGAUUUCGAAACGCAGACCGGAGACGAUUACGGGUUUCCCAUUGAACAGUACAAAAAGAAAAUCAGAGACGGCAACGUUUUUCUUAUUGUCGAUCUAAAUGAUAUACCUCCAAAUGCGGCACGUGCUCUGCACACAAUUUGCGACACCUAUAGUCCUAUCGCUCCGGAUGUUGUCAUCUUUCUGACACUGCGCACUCAUCUGACGACAGAUGCUGGAACUCCAGUCCAAUUAGCCCAUAACACAUUGCAUGAGCUCUGGAAGGAGUUACCAAAUAAUGAAUUGGAUGCACUAAUCACACGAGUCACCGAUCAGGUGUUGCUGUUGCAAAGCUAAGCUUAACUUACUAAUAUGUGAGACUUUAUUUCGGUUAUAAUAAAUUAGUUCUUAACAUC